AGUGUGUGUCUCUCAGGGCAUUCACUGUCUGACUGCUCUCUGAGAACAGAUUCACAGGCUCUGCUGACUGUCUGUCUUUCUGUCUGUCUCUCUUGCUGCUUCUAUCUGGAUCAAGCUGAUUUGAAACUCUGAGAACAUCUGAGAACUACUGAGCUGAACUUUCCUCAAGAACUUAGCAGGAACCAUGGAGAACUUCAAUGAUGACUACUACCCUGACUACGAUGAGGCUUCCAACAACAGCAUGUGUGACUUUGAGGAGUGGGGGCCAUCAUACUCCCUCAUCCCAGUGCUCUACAUGCUAAUCUUCAUUCUGGGCCUUUCUGGAAAUGGCAUUGUCAUCUUCACGGUUUGGAAAGCCCAAGGCAAGCGACGAGCUGCGGACGUCUACAUUGGAAACUUGGCUCUGGCUGACCUGACCUUCGUGGUCACCCUGCCGCUUUGGGCUGUGUACACCGCUCUGGAGUACCACUGGCCGUUCGGCGCGGCUCUCUGCAGGAUCAGCAGCUACAUCGUCCUGCUCAACAUGUAUGCCAGUGUCUUCUGCCUCACCUGCUUGAGCUUGGACCGCUACCUGGCCAUCGUCCACUCGCUGACCAGCACCCAGCUCCGCACCCAAGGCCACAUGAGAGCAUCUCUGGCUGCCAUCUGGAUCAUAUCUGGUGCCUUGGCGUCUCCGACGCUGCUCUUCCGCAACACUCUCUACGACAAAGAAACCAACCGCACCUCCUGCGCCAUGGACUUCAGCACAGUCAUCACAAAGCCUGGUCAGGAAAACUACUGGAUCGCUGGACUGAGCAUCUCCUCCACCGCUCUUGGCUUCGUCAUCCCACUUCUGGCUAUGAUGGUGUGCUACGGCUUCAUCGGCUCCACCGUCACGCGCCACUUCAACAGCCUCCGCAAAGAGGACCAGCGCAAGCGACGUCUCCUGAAGAUCAUCACCACGCUGGUGGUGGUUUUUGCAGCCUGCUGGAUGCCCUUCCAUGUAGUGAAAAGCAUGGAUGCCUUGUCCUACCUGGGACUGGCACCAGACUCCUGCACCUUGCUGAGCUUCCUGCUGCUGGCGCACCCCUACGCAACCUGCCUGGCCUACGUCAACAGCUGCCUCAAUCCGUUCCUCUACGCCUUCUUUGACCUGCGCUUCCGCUCCCAGUGCCUGUGUCUGCUGAACCUGAAGAAGGCGCUUCAUACCAGCCCGCCAAGCUCCCUGUCCUCGCAGAAGACAGAGGCACAAUCACUGGCGACCAAGGUGUGAGGGAGGGUGGUGUGGAGGCUUUGAAAUGGGACCAGAAGCUGCCUAAAGAAGCCAGAAGCUGCCUUUAGAUCGAUCAAGAGAAACAAUCUCAACAUCCUUAAAACAAGACAAGACUCUAAAAACUCUAAAAGACUCUUACAGGCAACUGCUCUGUCUCAUUCAAAGCCUUCACCAACUUUAAAGAAACUUUUGAGACCCAUGAGAUCUCAUUCAAUCAAGCCUCCUUCUGGGUAACUCUUGACAAAGACAAAGAAGGAUCUCGUAGAAGCUCCUCAACUUCAUCUACAACUUAUUGUUCAAGCCUUCUACUCAGAGGUGACUCUACAGAUCUUGGAGACGCACAUCCUCACGUAUUCCUUCAAAAGAAACAUCUUGAAGAACUGGCUUUCUCCUGUGUGAACGAACGACGUCCCAGAUGUUUUUAUUGACUCUUGGAUUGCACCCCGGACUUUGACACAAGAGUGCAAGAGUGCACAUACCUUGUGGACUCUCAGGCACUGAGGGUUCCAGGGUUGUGGGCCUUGCUUUUCAGCACCCGGGUGCCUGGCAGAGCCUCCAGAGAGUAAAGCACCGUGGACAGCUGUGCUCCAGACGUUUGGAGGCAGAAUACCAGACUGUCUGUUGUCUGUCAGGCUGGCAGGCUGGCCGUACCUCAUGCGGACAUCCCGGGCUCUAGAGGGGACUCUAGAGACUUGGGGAUGAUGGGUGGUGGGUCUGGUGGCCUGGUGGGUGGCCUGACUGGAGUGAAGGAGUGACAAAUCUACAACAAAUGUACUCCAUCCACACUUAUGUAAAAAAAGAAAAAUAACUGCUUCAUUUUUUAAGCACUUGGUCAGACGAUGAUGCUGUGUUGUGUGUAGAUACUAUGUGAAGAGAAACAUUGUCGUCUUGAUAAAUGUCUCCUGCUGACUUAAUAUGACUAAUGAUUUUAUUGAAUGUUUUUAUUGGGGAUUAAAUUUGGGCUGGAGUUGGGGAGUUGGGUGUUUGAGAGGGAGGGGGGUUGGUUUCGUCAGUCGAGGAGAAGUGUUGCAACUUGAUUAAAGACUUUAGGAGUGUGUGGUGUGUGUGUGUGGUGUUGGGGUGGGUAGGUGGUAGGGGGUCUGUAGGAGGAGACGGGGGGGAUCAGACUGACAGAUGGUAACUGACAAAUGUUGUCGGGCCAAUUAAUAGGUGGCAGCUUUUACAGAUGAGGGUUACUGCAAUGUGUGUGUGUGUGUGUGUGUGUGUGUGUGUGAGUGUGUGUUGGGUCAUUUUCAUGAGUUUCUCAUUUGCUGACCAUGCGUCCAUCACUGCCAUGAAAUACUCUGUAAAUAAUUAUCUAUAUUCUGUGAAUAAAGCAUUUCGUCAAUUCAAAAA